AUGCGUUCCUUCCUGUCUCACCUCAAGAAGCGUAACCGCCACAACGUCAACACCUUUCGCAAUGCCCCUCUGGCGGAAAUAUCGGGCUCGCUCGGCGAUCUGGGCACCCUACUGCCGCUCAUGAUUGCGCUUGCCAUUCAAGGUUCUAUUCACCUGGACUCGACGCUGAUAUUCUCUGGCGCCUUCAAUGUCAUCUCUGGUGUCGUCUUUGGCAUCCCGCUGCCCGUGCAGCCGAUGAAGGCGAUCGCAUCGGCAGCCAUCGCACACCGAGGCGACCCUUCCAUAGAGGGAGUGGCCGGGGCUGGUCUCUGGGUUGGCGCGGCCAUUUUUGUCAUGUGCGUCACCGGCUUGCUGCGCUGGGCCGUCAAGGUUGUACCCAUCCCCGUUGUCAAGGGCAUCCAGCUCGGUGCCGGCCUGUCACUCAUUAUUGGCGCGGGAUCGUCGCAGCUGCAGCCUCUCGGGUGGCUGUACCCGAUCCUGGAUAAUCGUCUCUGGGCCAUCUUUGCCUUUCUCAUUCUCAUCGGCACUCAACGGCUACAGCGUUUUCCCUAUGCACUGGCCUUUUUCCUCUUGGGAUUACUCUUUGCCCUUAUCCAGGUGAUUCGAACGCACCAGUCGCUGCCUUGGUUCACCCUGUGGCAGCCCGAGUUUAUUUUGCCAAAAAUGAUUGGCAACAGUGAUGCCUCCCCCAUCUACAUGGCCAUCGGCCAGCUUCCGCUUACGACUCUCAACUCGAUUAUUGCGGUGACAGCACUGGCUGCCGACUUGCUUCCCGACGUUCCCACCCCAUCGGUCACAGCCAUCGGUUUCAGCGUGGCCAUGAUGAACUUGACUUGUACCUGGUUCGGUGCUAUGCCUGUGUGUCAUGGAUCCGGCGGUCUGGCGGCGCAAUAUCGGUUCGGCGCUCGCAGCGGCGCUAGUGUCAUAUUUCUAGGAACUGUAAAGAUUAUUCUGGGUCUUUUCUUCGGGAGCACUCUUCUCGGACUUCUGGGUCAGUAUCCCAAGAGUUUGCUGGGUAUCAUGGUUCUUGCUGCCGGUCUAGAGCUUGUCAAGGUUGGCCACUCACUCAACCAAGGCGCCCGCGAUCUCUGGCAAGAGUCCUCCGACCACAGUGCAGGUUCGUCCGUCAUUACACGUAAGCUGCGCAGUCUAUCUGAAGAGGAGCGGAUGGAGCGCUGGACUGUCAUGCUAAUGACCACGGCCUGUAUCCUGGCGUUCAAGAACGAUGCCAUUGGGUUUCUCGCGGGGCUGUUGUGCCAUUGGUCAUUCUGUUUGUCUGGCCGAUUUACCCGCAAGGUACACCAAGUUACUGGAGCUAGUGAACGUGAUCCCCUACUGCAAUAG